AUGCCUUUGGGACUAGAUAAUUUAGAUUUCGCAGUGCUAUGUGCACUGAGUUUGGCGGUUGCAGCUUAUUUCUACAAGGAUAAGUUUGCGGAAUUAUUCGCGUCAGACGAAUCAAUAAGCGUCGUAUCAUCGUCGGGCUCACGCGAUAUAGUGCAUGUUCUUAAGGAGAACAAUAAGAAUUACUUGGUCCUUUACGGAUCUCAAACCGGAACUGCUGAGGACUAUGCGAAGAAAUUUGCAAAGGAACUUACGGCCAAGUUUUCGCUCAAUGUCAUGUGUGCAGACGUUGAAAACUACGAGUUUGAUCAUUUGAAUGAGCUUCCCUCUGAUGUGAUAGUUUCUUUCUUCGUCUCCACCUACGGUGAGGGUGACUUUCCAGAUGGUGCUGUCCCAUUUGAAGACUACUUGAAUACUUUGGAGGAUGGUGAUUUGAGUAACGUUAAGUACACCCUGUUUGGAUUAGGUAACUCCACAUAUGAAUUCUUCAAUGGGGCCGCGAAGAAGGCUCAUAAAAAACUAUCCAACGCUGGUGCUAAUCUUGUUGGUAUCUACGGCGAGGCUGAUGAUGGUGCAGGAACCACAGAUGAAGACUACUUGUCGUGGAAAGAUGCUUUGUUAGAGGAGUUGAAGACAGUACUGAGCUUAGAUGAGCAUGAGCAGAGGUUUGAGCCUAGUUUUACUUACAAGGUUCUGGAUUCUGGGGUUACAGACACCGUUUCCUUGGGUGAACCAACUGCUCAAUAUAUGCCAACUGCUAAAUUGUCUUACAACAACGAGGGUAAGCAACUUGGUCCAUUCGAUGGAACUAAUCCCUACGUUGCACCAAUUGUUAAAUCGCAUGAGCUUUUCACAUCUAAAGACCGUAAUUGCAUCCACGCAGAAUUUGACUUGUCCGGUUCAAAUAUGAAAUAUUCGACCGGUGAUCAUUUGGCUGUUUGGCCUUCAAACUCCGAUGAAAAGGUGAAGCAGUUCUUGAGUUGUUUCAAUCUAGAUCCUGAAACGGUGUUUGAUUUAAAGCCAUUGGAUUCCACGGUUAAGUGUCCAUUUCCACUACCAACCACAAUUGGCGCCGCAGUUAGACACUACUUAGAAAUUACUGGACCGGUUUCCAGACAAAUCUUCAGUUCACUUGUUCAAUUCGCACCAAAUGAUGAUAUUAAAGAAAGUUUGGCGAAAAUCGCUCAAGAUAAGGAUCUAUUCGCUAAAGAUAUCACGUCAAGAUACUUCAACUUAGCCGAUGCACUGUUGUACCUGUCUAACGGCUCGAAAUGGGACUCAGUUCCUUGGAAUUUCAUUGUUGAAAGUGUUCCUCACUUACAACCACGUUAUUACUCCAUUUCUUCGUCAUCUUUGUCGGAGAAGCAGACCGUUCAUAUCACCGCUAUUGUGGAAAAUAAUGCUAACCCAUCGUCGGAAAAGGCUGAGCCUGUUACCGGUGUUACUACGAAUUUAUUGAGAAAUAUUCAGUUAGCACAGAAUAAGAAAGCCGUUGCUGCUUCUAAUUUGCCUGUCCAUUAUGAUUUGGAUGGUCCACGAGGAUUGUUCAAGAACUACAAACUACCAGUUCACGUCCGCCGCUCAGCGUUCAGAUUGCCAUCCAACCCUGCUACUCCAGUUAUCAUGGUGGGGCCUGGUACUGGUGUUGCUCCCUUCCGUGGUUUUGUCAGGGAUCGUGUUAAAUUCGUGGAACAGCAACCAAAUGUUACCUUAGGGAAACACUUGCUAUUCUACGGCUCCAGAAACCAGGAUGAUUUCUUGUACGCAAGCGAAUGGCCUGACUAUAGCAAGAAGUUAGGUGGUGCUUUCGAGAUGAUUGUCGCUCAUUCCAGGUUACCCGACCAACCAAAGGUUUACGUUCAAGAUAGAUUAAUUGAGAGGGAGAAAGAAGUUUACGAACUGAUUGCUGAGAAGGGUGCUUUUAUUUACGUUUGUGGUGAUGCUAAAGGUAUGGCACAAGGCGUGCAUGCUGCAUUGGUCAAAAUCUUGAGCAACGGAAAAGGCAUUACAACUGACGAGGCUGCCGAGAUAAUAAAAAUGUUCAAGGCUAACGGUAAAUAUCAAGAAGAUGUAUGGUAA